CUUCAACUUUUCUGUCACCAAACGAAAUGUUAAUGACCCGAUAACUAACUAAUUAAUCUCUUUUCAACGUUUUCUCUUGAAUCUAAUCACAAGGUAAAACACGAGAACGCUUAAACCCUACACUGAUACACAAACCCACUCUCUCGCUCUCUCCUACUCUAAUUCCAGAAGCAAGCAAUGUCUACGCUAGAAAUCGAAGCUCGAGAUGUGAUUAAAACCGUGCUCCAGUUCUGCAAAGAGAAUUCACUGCAUCAGACAUUUCAGACACUGCAGAACGAGUGUCAAGUUUCUCUAAAUACUGUUGACAGCAUUGAAACCUUUGUUGCUGAUAUUAAUAGUGGAAGAUGGGACGCGAUUUUACCCCAAGUUUCUCAACUCAAGCUUCCAAGGAAUAAAUUGGAGGAUUUGUAUGAGCAGAUUGUAUUAGAAAUGAUUGAGCUUAGAGAAUUGGAUACCGCACGCGCUAUUUUAAGGCAAACACAGGUGAUGGGUGUCAUGAAACAAGAGCAACCUGAAAGAUAUUUGCGUCUUGAGCAUCUUCUAGUUAGAACGUAUUUUGACCCAAAUGAGGCUUAUCAAGAUUCAACAAAAGAUAAGCGACGUGCACAAAUAGCCCAAGCUCUUGCAGCAGAAGUAACUGUAGUGCCACCUUCCCGAUUAAUGGCUUUAAUUGGUCAGGCUUUAAAGUGGCAGCAGCAUCAAGGUUUACUUCCUCCUGGAACACAGUUUGAUUUGUUUCGCGGAACAGCUGCUAUGAAACAAGAUGUGGAUGACAUGUAUCCAACAACUCUUUCUCACACUAUUAAGUUUGGGGCAAAAAGUCAUGCAGAAUGUGCUCGCUUUUCACCAGACGGGCAAUUUCUCGUAUCAUGUUCAGUUGAUGGGUUUAUUGAGGUCUGGGAUUACAUAAGUGGAAAACUGAAGAAAGAUCUCCAGUACCAGGCAGAUGAAGUAUUCAUGAUGCAUGAUGAUGCUGUGCUCUGUGUAGACUUUAGCAGAGAUUCAGAGAUGAUUGCCUCUGGGUCACAAGACGGAAAGAUUAAAGUGUGGCGUAUUAGGACUGGUCAAUGCUUGCGGCGUCUUGAGCGCGCCCAUUCCCAAGGUGUCACAAGUCUUUCCUUCUCUCGUGAUGGAAGCCAGUUAUUAAGUACUUCAUUUGACAGCACUGCAAGAAUCCAUGGCCUCAAAUCUGGAAAGAUGUUGAAAGAGUUUCGUGGCCAUACAUCUUAUGUGAACGAUGCAACUUUCACCAGCGAUGGGAGUCGUGUUAUUACAGCAUCCAGUGAUUGUACAGUCAAGGUCUGGGAUUUGAAGACUACCGACUGCAUUCAAACAUUUAAGCCACCUCCUCCUUUAAGGGGAGGAGAUGCUUCUGUUAACUCUGUUUACAUUUUUCCCAAGAAUACUGAUCACAUUGUUGUUUGUAACAAAACCUCAUCAAUAUACAUCAUGACACUUCAAGGACAGGUUGUAAAGAGUUUCUCAUCUGGUAAAAGAGAGGGUGGAGACUUCGUUGCAGCCUGUAUUUCACCUAAAGGGGAAUGGAUUUACUGUGUUGGUGAAGACAGGAAUAUGUACUGCUUCAGUUAUCAAUCUGGCAAAUUGGAGCAUCUGAUGAAGGUUCAUGAAAAGGAAAUUAUCGGUGUCACUCAUCAUCCCCAUAGGAAUCUUGUUGCAACUUUUAGUGAAGACGGCACAAUGAAGUUGUGGAAACCUUGAAUUUCUGUAUUUCUAUGUCAUGAAUUUAAAUGAACAUCUGUGCAGUUUGAGUAAUGUAUAUUCUGGAGCUUAAUUUAAUGCAUUGCUAGGAAAUUGUUGUAUACCAUUUCAACUGCAGGUCGCUCACAACUCAGAUGCAAGUUUCAGAGAAACAUCAAGAUUGUUUUUCAGAAUAACUUUAUGUGUAACUACUCAAUUUAAGUGUGGCGGACAGAGAUUCAAUGAUUUCGACAGAAUUAGAGGACAAUUAAGUGAUCAA